CGGCUCGUUCGCGACAGACACAUCACUACGCCUCAGCUCCACCUAUGCUCCAGCUCUUGGUGACGGGGCGCACAGCUGACGGAGAGGAGGACUGCAAAGAUAUCGGCGGGCAGAGCCACUAAACUUUCCCCUACGGCUCUGUAGAAACACAGGGCUCUGUGUUUAACGCAAAUGGUUCAAAUGUUGUUUCACUUCCCUCGGCGCUGACCGAGGGACCUUCGUCUCUAUUUUGACAGCCGUCUGUGCGCAUUACGCGAGCGUUUACCACGAGCCGAGCAGGUCGGUGUGAGCUCCACGUCCUCCGGUACUUUAUGUUGUUGACAAGGUUCAUUAUUAGAAGAAUGUUCUCCACUUGCACCCGUCAUGUCAUCUGGGAGUCAGAAGGACUGGUGGCCUACCUUCAUCCCCGGCCCUGGACACCAGGCUCUGUUAUCCUGGAGCGCAACACCCCUGGCAGCCUGGGAGGCAGCAUCUUCUGCCUGGACAAGCAGGAGUUUUUAUCCUGGCUAAUGGGGGCGAGAGCUGUUGCAGAGCUGCUGUGUGACAGGCUGGCAGUUCGGAGGUGUGCUCUGGUCAGCAGACCGCACAGAGACCGACCUGCCCAGAUCCGUGUCCUUCCUCUACAUGGUCUGGAUGCAGAGUGGCGCCCUCAUCUGGCAGGAGAAGAGGAGCACAACGCCCACGACCCAGGAUACUGCAGCUCCAAGACUGCUCCCAGGUGGAGUGACUCCAGCCUGACUCAAAUCCAGGCCAAGAUUCGAGCCAAGCUCCCAUUACCCAGCGCCCCACCCAAUCUCACCUUCCUCGGGGACGAUCCGGCUCACCCCGGCUUGUUUUCACGCAUCGUUCGUGGGGAAGAGCAGCAAUGGCGGGUUUGGGAGGAUGAGGGUCACGUAGCCUUUCUCACUCCUUUUCCCAACUCCCCUGGCUUUACUGUGCUGGUCCCACGCCGACCUUUGACCUCUGAUAUAUUCAGACUAGAAAAAGAAGACUAUGAGGGACUGGUGCUGGCGACCUGGGAGGUGUCGAGACUUCUUGCGGAGGGGUUGGGUGCCUCUGGGAUGGGGCUCAUUUUUGAGGGUUUUGAGAUUGAUUACGCUCAUGCCAAGUUGAUACCGUUGUUUUUGCCUGCAUCCUCAGAGACAGGAGAUGACAUCACGAAACCACCUCAGUUUUACCCGACUUAUCCUGGAUAUGUGACCUCAGAAGAUGGACCAGAAGCCAGGCUGGAAAGUCUGAAAGAACUAUACAUGAAAAUUACUCAGACUUAAUGUUGUUUGUAAUUUCCUGCUCCAGGUGCUAUAGGUGAUAAUAGUCAUGGUGUGGAGAUUUUUCAUAUAUAUUAUAGAAGAUACUACAUAAUCAAAACUAAAUGAUUUCUUACACAUUUCAAAAUAUGACAUUUAAAGACCAAUCACUGUGGACUUCUCAUUCUUAUGUACAUGGACUGUGAAAUAACAUGCAGUGUAUCAACUUUUGAUCAAAAUAAACACUUGUUUAUGUU